UGAUGGUACCUGCAGACAGACUUAACCAACAGCUAAGAAAAAACUACCCCAAGUAGUUUUACUUGUUUCUGGGAUCCAGACUUGAACCAUCUUGAGUUGUUCAGUAUGGUGUGAUGAGAACACGCUCCCCCAUUGCUUGGUGUAUGCCCCUCAGCAAGUCCUUACUGUGCACCAAAAGAAGGACCAGUUCUGGCCCUUCUUGCAUAAGGGACAACCGUGUCUCUGGUCCCCCGGGUUGUCCCUGUCCCCAUACCCUCACAGCCCUCAGCAGUCACAAGAGCUGCACCUACUUCGCCGACAGGAGUUGAGCUUCCAGACUGUAUGUUGUUGCUGGCGUGCAAGAAAAAGUGAUGUUUUUUGCCCAUUGUGUUUUUGCCCAAAGUGUUUUGCCCAUUGUAGCCCAGAUAGCGGAACAGAGAAUGCAGAACUCCACUCAUGACCUACAUUUCUAUGGGUUUAUGUUCACCAGAACAACAUUUUAGUGGGAACACUGAGGAUAAAUGCUUUGAAACCUAAGCUUAUAAUGAACAUUUGUUGUUUGUUUAUUGACAAUGAUGAGGAAAAGGUAGAUUUGCAUCAGUCAGGAACUUAUAGACACUAAACAGAGCUUUUGUCUGUUCACUUAAGUUACACGUAUUCUUAGGAAUGGAGGAGUAAACUGGAAUAACCUGGAAUUACUCAUCUGAUUCCCAUCCACUAGGUAUUGUUGUAUCUUGGCUUUCCCUUUAGGGGAGAAGUUGCUGCCCGACCUGCAUGCUGUUUACACCUUACAUUGCUUUGUUGUUGUUAAUGCUUAAUACAAACUUUAUGCUUCACCUUAGUGUUUUGACUUUUUUUUUGUGGCAAGAGUAUUUCCUACUGAGCCCCUUUAUCUUCCUCCAACUGAUGAGGAUAACUUCAACUUUGAAGCACCUGAAAAGGAAGACCUGCUGAUUUGCCAGUAGAUUUGGAGCAGUGGUCAGGAAGAGAGAGCAUGAGGUGUUGGGGAAAGGAAUAGAAAGGGAAUUAGAGUUACGGUCAGAGAUAACAACAGGAGAAGCAGCAGCGUGCCCAUACUCCUAGCUGUGAGAAGGUCAUGAAGGGAUGGAGGUGGGCUGUUGACACUAUUUGAAGACCUGUGGAAGAAAAGACACGUAAUGUGAAGGACAAGUGUUUCUUCAAGAGGAGGAGCUGAGGGCAGCAGCAGGAUUGACCAGCCCAUGCAACUGAGGUGGUGUUUCUCUGGGGGUGGCAGGAGCACACAAACAUCUGUAUGCAGGAGAAAGAGAUGAAAUGAAAAUGUUUUUAACAGUGAGAGGAAAGAGAGCAAAGAGAGAGAGAGACCCUCAUUGCUUUUGCCACUCAUUCAAGGUGAAAAGGAGGAGCAAGGGCAGCAUUCGGCAGGGCAGAGCCUGUAGCUUGAGAAUGAUCCCAGGUGAAGGGGCUGGAGAACAAGUCUUACGAGGAGCGGCUGAGAGAGAUGGGGUUGUUUAGCCUGGAGAAGAGGAGGCUGAGGGGAGACCUUAUUACUCUCUACAACUACCUAAAAGGAGGUUGUGGAGAGGAGGGAGCUGGCCUCUUCUCCCAAGUGACAGGGGACAGGACAAGAGGGAAUGGCCUGAAGCUCCACCAGGGGAGGUUCAGGCUGGAUAUCAGAAAAAAAUUCUUCACAGAAAGAGUCAUCGGGCACUGGAACAGGCUGCCCAGGGAGGUGGUCGAGUCGCCUUCCCUGGAGGUGUUUAAGGAACGGGUGGAUGAAGUGCUUAUGGACAUGGUUUAGGGAGUGUUAGGAAUGGUUGGACUCGAUGAUCCAGUGGGUCCUUUCCAACCUGGUGAUUCUGUGAUUCUGUGAUUCUGGGCUGAUGAAGAAACCUUUGAUACCAACAACAUCCAGAGCUGAACAGGACUGACUGCAGUGAUAACAUGUUUCAACUUUCCUAGAAAGGGAGGCUGGAUUUUUAAGGUAAGGAGUCUUGCUUGUUUGUAGCUGUAUUUGAUAGUCAAGCUUGUGCUCCAAGCUUCCCUGAGAUAAUGCAGUUAAAAGGAGGAACAGCAUGGGCUUCUCAGUUGAGUUGAAAGCCCAAAUGAGUCCACGUACAUUGCCCUGGCACAGAUAAUGCUACUGACAGUAGUGGCAGUUAAUAUUGGGAUACAGACAAAGGGCCCAUCAAAACAGACCACCGUGUCGUUUUGAGUAUCCUGUAGAAGUCCUCAGGUACGGAUGCAUACCCUUUUCUGAGGGAUUAAAAGAAAACUGUUGUUUCAUCUCCAGGAAACAUCUAGUGCAAAUAAAAUAGCUUCUCUGUAAUAGUCCUAGAAAGGAGAUCAGCAGAGAGAAGAUCAGACUGGAACGAGGCAACAUCAGCUAAAGAAAUGGUGCUGGAAUUAACAAUAAGGAAAAUGAGAACAGAUUAAUUCAGUCAGCGUGAAAGUUACUGGGCCAGCUGGGCUGGUUGCUGCUCAGUCAGCUGCAGAGAAAAACACCCAGGGGAAAGCCCGUCUGCCCAGUAAGAGGGCAGCCUGCUGGCAGAGCUCAGCUCUGCUGCUGCCACGGCCUUCAUCUGGAAGAUGGCAGCUAACCUUAUGCAUCCUUAAUGGGUCUGGCUGAGCCGAGCACCUACAGAGCCCUUGCUGCAAAGGAAAGGGGCUUCCCUAAAGUGGUCUGCAUGAGGAAACAGCCUCCUUCUGCACAGAAAAUGGACCAGAAGGUCUCACAUGGUAACAACCUGGAGAACAAGGCUGAAAUUCUAAUAAUCAGUAAAGCCUACAGUCAGGGUGUGGUCCAUGCAUCUCAAAGGGUGAUGGACUAUCUUGGCCGUGUGGAUCCUCAAAGCAAAUUCCAGCCAGCCACAAACAUGUUGAGCAAGAUCUUUUUGGUCAAAUUCAUCAGCUUCUGCACGGAAAAGGGAGCGGAAGAAUGUAUCACAAGCAGCAAAAUGAGCAAGCAGCAGUCCUUCUUGGACUGGAUCUGGACUCUGUCUGGAGCUGACAAGUAAGUCAAACUUCAGACUGCUGUACAGGCUCUGCUGCUGGCUGAGCUGGUCCGUAGUGAAGACCCCACUGAGGUGUUGGACAACUGCUGCCGGGAAGCCGUGCUGGCAGACAAGUGCUUCCAAAACAUGAGCAGGUGUGAGAAGUUCUGCCUGGUGGGAUGGGACUGCCUGGGCUUAUUCAUCAUGUUCAGUGUGCCAGGGAAGCCCAAGGACAUCUGAGGAGUCAUGAUAGAUUGCAUUGCCAAGGAGAAGCAAAAAUGCCGCCUGUCGGGCAGGAACGUGCUACUGAGAUUUGUCACGAGUACUGACAGCCUCCUGCCCACAAGAGACGGGUUGGAGUGCCUCUGUGUGAAAAACAGACUGAAAGAGGUGGGUAAUAUGUACAUAAACUUUCUGUAAACCUCUGGUUAACAGCACAGGCUCUGCACACUGGCACAGGAGGCUACAUGGGGCUCAGCUCUGCCUCUCUGGCUUUUGUUUUUGCAUGCCAUUCUCUCCACUCCCUUAUUUCCCACCCUCUGCUCCACCCAUUGCAUUCCCUUAGCUGCUGCAGAGGCCAAGCUGAGUCAGUCUCUCCGGGUUUUAAAACAACAGCACAUACCUGCCAGAAAAAUGUGUUUAUAGAAGGCACGUCAUUUUCCAGAACAUUUUGUUUGCCAGACAUUAAGUCUUGGCUGGAGCUGAUUAAAGCUUUAUCGCCCUGAGCCUUUGGGAGGUCGUGGUAGACUUGACUCUCAGCCUCUGUUUAAUGUGUGGCAGACUUUUGCUCUGUAGUUGGAGGUUGAAUCUGUAAGAAAAUGUCCUGGUGCUGGUCAGAAGAUUUGCACUGAGUGUGAAGGACAGCACAAGGGCUUACAAACGCUGUUUAGGAGGUGUGGACUGGUUCACAACCAAGAGGAAAAGCCUUUCACUGAGAGAUACGCUAUACAACAAACUAUCAUCUGCCUUUUAGAAGCAGAUCAGUGCCAGGCUACAGAGAACGUCAGAGCUGUGACCAAAGGGUUGAUCCCAGCUAUAAAGCCCAUUCCUGCUGUGUGGCUGCAUUAGGUCAGGGCAAAAGGUACUGGCAGGUGGUAAAGAAAAUGGGAAAAAUCAACCAAUGGGCUCUGGAGACAGUGGUGGGAGCUUUUGCUUUUCAGGGCAGCAGAAACAGUGCCAGAGAGCAAAAGUCUGGAGGAGGCAAAAUUAUUUGACUUCAAAUUUGUUUGCAGUAGCUUAGCAGCUGAUUGCAUUUCUAGACUGAUUUAUUUCAUUUCCCUCAGCUUUUAGUGGACAAAGUGAGACUUUGGGAUUGCACAAUUGUAAUUACUUCCUUUCAGCCAGUGUUAAACAAUAAAGGAAGAGCUGAUCAGUUUUCAGACUGGUCAACUCCCUUUGUUUAUAGCUAGCUAUAUCUAUCUGAAUGGUUUUGUCAGUGCAAAACACCUCUCCCCAUGGUUUUCUUAUAAUAGUAUUCAUUUUAUUUAACAGAAUAAUUUCAAAAGCUCAUUCAUAUUUUACUAUUUCCUGUUUGAGUUACAAGAUGGGGCAGCUGCGACAGCAGAGAAAGGCUGUUACUUACACAGCCUCCAAAAAAAUCCAAAAAGAAGCUGCAGCAUCAGUGCCAGAAGGUUUUGUGGCUUUCCAUGGCGCAGACGUGGAGGUUGAAAGGUACACUUAACUUAAAAACCAACACAGUAAAUGGUGACAUAUUCUACUGAGUCACAACUGUAGGUGGUUAUGGGGAAGCCCUCUAGUUUUGAAAUAGUUCAUUGAGAUACAGUUGUUUUUAAAGAGCUGGUGUCAUUGUAUUUUUUUGUGUGUGGCUGGGUUUGAUGGGGCAGUGGGGAGGGUUCUGGUGUUUUACACAGAGAACACGGACAGCUACAGGGAUCCGUGCAGAGAGCGAGGGCUCUGUGCCCGUUCGGAAGGUUGGGUUGGUAGGUUGGGUUGGGUUGGUUUUGGCCUGUUUAAAGUAACAGCAUAACAAAUACUGGCGCUGGAUUGAUCAGUUUAUAAAAGGACAGCAGAAAAAGCUUUACUUUUCCUUUAAUAUAGCACCUUACUUAAAACCAGUAUGUGCCUCUGAAGUGAUUCAGUUCCAUAGGAAUGCUGUCUCUGAAAACUGGUUGGGCUUUUUCCUUUGGAUGUUCUGCAUGCUUUUUCAGAGCUGGAAGGAGAAAAAUCAAAAUGUCUUGACUAUAUAGAGUUUUGUCUACGGAAGUUACAGAUUGUGGCAGCUGCACAGUUGGUUCAUACUCUCCAAACUGGCUCUGGUACCUCAGAAAUGACAUGCAGGCUUGGUGUUUAGUCUGGGAGCCAGGGUACAUGGCCCAGGCUGUGCCACACUCUUUGCCUGGGUGCCCUGAGGGUUUCCACUCAGGAGCCUGGGCCCUCAGCAAUUGUGGGAACCAGCCAAGAGUCUGUACUACAGGUAAAUACAGUCAAGACAUACAACAAAGUAUUUAAUGAUGUGAAUUUGACUGUGUUCAUUUAUUCAGCCAAGCUGAGCUGGAACCUCAGCUCAGGUGACUCUCAGCCACACCAGAGGCUGCUGUAACUGCCCAUACAGAGUUACAAUGUUGAUUUCUGGUAGUUUAAUCCCAUGAUAAUUUGUGUAUUAAGAUAAUAAGCAAAGUGAAGGGGUUGGGCUGUUUGAUAGUGUGGGUUGUUUUUUUCCCCCUAUGGACAUAACUUGCUAAUGUAUAUUUUAGUGUAAUAUAUAGUUUGUAUAGGUUGUACUGUAGUUGAGCUGGAGAACUCAUGGAAGCAUAGCUCAGGGACAAAAGGCUUUCAGAAGAGGAAACUUGCAGCAUUGGUGCUGUUGGCUGGUUGGCGUAGCCAGGUAGGUGUUCGUGUCAAGAAAAAAAAACAGCAGAACACCUCACUCCACCCUUUUUAAAGAAACUUUAUCUUAUCAGAGGAUAUGGAUACCCACCCUACCUGGGCCCAUCAGGAAUUUGACUCAAGCAGAAGUGACCUCAGCCCUUGGUGCCAGUGCUUUAUUACUCCAGGAGGGCAUCUGGCAUAGCCUCCUCGCUUCUGCUCCCCUGUUGCAGAAGCAGCAGCGUGCUCUGUGUACCCUAAGCUGUACGCUACAAGGACACUGCCUAGCAGAGGCCUUCGUCUGCAGCUGUCCUAUCCCUCAGCCACACAGAGAUCCCUCUCCCAUCCUGCCUUUCCGAGUGAUUUAUCACUGCACCCCUUUCUCUUCUAUCUCUCACAGCCAGAGACGAUAAAACCUUCCUCUCCCAGCUGUACAGGCAUUUCCCUUCCACUGCAAGGACUCUUGUUUCUAUGGUUAGCACAGCACAGGACACUGCUUGAUAAGCAUCCACCACAAAUAAACAGUUUAAUAGAGAUCAUGUGGUUAGAAGCUAUGCACCUAACAGGAAUUUGCUCCAACCAGCUGCAUCUGUGCACUCCUAACACCCACUGCUGGGAGCCAGGCUCAGGCCAGACAGAGAGCAGCCUGUGUCUUAUGAUCGAUACACUGGGAGGACUGCACACAGAUCUGCUUAGAAACAGGGUCCUGUUCUGUUAAUUCAAACAAUGAGGUGGCAGGCAGAGCACAACCCUCUAAGCAAAAGCUACUGCUGCCCCUGCCUUACACUGUACUCAAGCAAGGAAAGCUGCAGAACUCUGCUGCCCAGUUUGCUGUUCCCUCACUCACACCUGACCUGUAUGUGUAAGAACUUACAAACAGAAGGGAAAGCCUGGCUGCUGCACUGGUUUUGCCCAAGCAACACCCAUUUCCUUCCUGUUCACUUAGGCAGGACCAAGAGGAGAAAAACUCAAGAACAAUAUGAGCCUCCUUUCUGUAAAGCAAAUUAUUUUUACCAGAAACUUGGGGAAGAUGCUAUUAAAUCCCUGAGGCAAUGUCUACAUCCUUACCUGGCGUGCAGUGCCUUGCAAGAGAAACAGUAAAACAGAGCGUCCUCCCCCGAGUCAGACAGGCAGCUGGGAAGCCAGGAGGGUGAGAACUUGCUUAGAGCAAGCAGUCACUUCAGCAUGUGCAUCCCAGCAUGUAGAAUCGAGAGCUGCUCACAGCUUGGGCUGCUGUGCCACCACAAGAAGUGCAGGCUCAAGCCCCAGCUACAGGAGCGAGAUUAAGGAACAACUCAAUUCUAACCUCCUUCCUCUCAGAUCCUCUGUUGCAGCCGGAGCACUAUGCACAGAAAGACCCCAGCCAUACGCCAGCAGGCCUUUACUGUUUCUGGGAGGAUAGUUGACCUUGCAGAGCAGGAAGCGAAGGAGACCCCUGCCCCUGGGACAGCCAAAGCAGCAGCCCUUUCGAUCCCAUUUAUCUCAGGAAACUUUCCACAAAAUACCAUUCAUGCAGGAGGUUCAUUGUUUCCCCAGCUGCUUUGUACUCAGCACAUCCUGUCAGAAAACUGGAGCAAUACUCAUAGUUUCUGUAUGACAGAUGAAUUGGCUCAAAGGAGAGAAAAAAAGAGUAAUAAUACAUAAAACCAUUAUUUUAUCACUGACUUGUUUAAAUGCUACAGUACAGGACCAUCAAGCAAAAGCGACGGUGAUGCAGUUUUGUUUCAAUAGAUUAUACAAAAUCCCU